AUGGCGCCAAUUGCCCAACAGCACCAGCUGGUCGACCUCGGCCAAAAGAGCCUCUUCUUUUCUGCUGCGGCCAUCGCCUUUAACCCCACGUUUUGGAACAUCGUUGCCCGACGAGAAUAUCGCACACGGUUCAUGACCAAAGCAUUCGGCGGCAACGCCCAGACAGCAUGCUACUUCCUCGCCGCCACCAUCUUCGGCCUCGGACUCUUCCGGGACUUCCUCUACGAGCGUGCCCUCCGUCACCAGCCCACGCACCCCCUUCUUGAGCAAGACGCGGCCAAGUAUCUCGGUUACGCGCUCGUUGCCGCCGGAAACACCCUGGUGAUCACAUCCACGUACGCGCUGGGCAUCACAGGCACCUUCCUGGGUGACUACUUUGGCAUCCUGAUGGACGACAUGGUCACCGGCUUCCCCUUCAAUGUUUGCGACGCGCCCAUGUAUUACGGCUCAACGAUGAGCUUCCUUGGGACCGCCCUGGUGUAUGGGCGGCCGGCAGGAAUACUUUUGACCGGCUGGGUGCUCACUGUCUACCUCGUUGCUUUGCAGUAUGAGAACCCAUUCACAGCAGGCAUCUACGCCAAGAGAGAACGUGAGAGGGCCGCGGGAGGUAAAGCCGAGGGCAAGAAGCAAAAAUAA